CUAUUUAAUAAGCCCAUGGUUUCUCCUUGUGAAGUCAUUUUCCUGUAUGGGUAUUUCUUUUUCCAGCUUAGGUGGAAACCAUUUGAGAUUCCGAAAGCAGCUCAGAAGAAAGUGGACUUUGUCAGUGGCCUGCACACCUUAUGUGGAGCCGGAGACAUCAGGUCUAACAAUGGGCUUGCUAUCCACAUCUUCCUGUGUAACUCCUCCAUGGAGAACAGAUGUUUUUACAAUUCAGAUGGGGACUUCCUGAUUGUUCCACAGAAAGGGAAGCUUCUCAUUUACACAGAGUUUGGCAAGAUGCUCGUGCAGCCCAAUGAGAUCUGCGUCAUUCAGAGAGGAAUGCGAUUCAGCAUCGAUGUCUUCGAGGAGACCCGGGGCUACCUCCUGGAGGUCUAUGGCAUCCACUUUGAGUUGCCUGACCUGGGACCGAUCGGAGCAAAUGGUUUGGCCAAUCCCCGAGAUUUCUUGAUCCCUGUUGCCUGGUAUGAAGAUCGCCAAGUGCCAGGUGGCUACACUGUGAUUAACAAAUACCAGGGCAAGCUCUUUGCUUCCAAACAGGAUGUCUCCCCAUUCAAUGUUGUGGCCUGGCAUGGAAACUACACCCCCUACAAAUACAACCUAGAGAACUUCAUGGUCAUCAAUGCAGUGGCCUUUGACCAUGCGGACCCUUCUAUUUUCACAGUGCUGACUGCCAAGUCCAUGCGACCUGGAGUGGCCAUUGCUGACUUUGUCAUCUUCCCACCUCGCUGGGGGGUUGCAGAUAAGACCUUCAGACCACCUUAUUACCACAGGAACUGCAUGAGUGAAUUCAUGGGACUCAUCCGAGGUCACUAUGAGGCAAAGCAAGGUGGAUUCUUGCCAGGGGGAGGCAGCCUGCACAGCAUCAUGACCCCUCACGGCCCUGACGCGGAAUGCUUCGAGAAGGCCAGCAAGGCCAAACUGGCACCUGAGAGGAUUGCUGACGGCACCAUGGCGUUUAUGUUUGAAUCUUCCUUAAGUUUGGCGGUCACCAAGUGGGGACUCAAGACCUGUAGCUGUUUGGAUGAGAACUACUACAAGUGCUGGGAGCCUCUCAAGAGCCACUUCACCCCCAAUUCCAGGAACCCAACAGAACCUAAGUGAGACCGAAGCCUGCCAUGAUAAUUGAGAAUAGAUUUGCAUGGUUUCCUUGAGAGCCUUAAACUCUCUGGUGGUAUGGGGACAGUAAUUGAAAUGAGAGCUUACUCUUCAUAGUCAAGCAACUCAGAAUAUUUGUAGAAAUGCAUUCAGAAAUGUCCAGGGCUUUCUAUUGACUCAAUAAAUAUGUGUUCUAUGGAA